AUGGGAAAGAAAUCACAGGCAAAUCACCCUUUCAUAACAAAUUAUUGCAAUUUCCAAGUCACACCUCCAGCAAUUGCAUCUGAAUGUGUUAACAAGGCAGUCACACUAACAUGGACAGUUGAAUCGUUUAUGAGUGUUGGAGUUGUAAGAUGGAACUACAAUUUAUCAACAUUAAUUAUGAGGCAGAUUGGCCCAACAGCUACACCAGUACCACAGGGUUCAUAUGUUGGAAGGGUUGAGAAUGGAUCAAAUUCGGAUUUGAUUAUCAAAUCACCAUUAACUUCAGACACAGGAGGUUAUCAAUGCAGUGUUACAUACAACAAUGGCACACAGGUUUUAAGUGAUGUGGUUAGCUUGUACAUUUAUGACAACUGGGCAGUAACUUUAAACAUAACAGAAAGAAAAAAUGGUCAAUCAGCAACUCUAACAUCCAAUGUUGAUGACCCAACAGUUCAACAAACAUGGAGUACGGGUGCCCAAGGAUCCUCUAUCACUGUUACUAAGGAUGGAGUCUAUACUUUAUGCAUCAGUGGUGGAAGAGCAAAAUGUCUUGAUCCCUCUUCGACAAAUUGCACAAGUUACUAUUUGAAAAUUGAAGGUUUUUUCAAAAAGAAGAAAAUAAUCAUUGCAAUCUUUUUUGGAGUGGCAAUAGUGGCAGUGGUGAUUGGAGUUAUUCUAGGAAUAUUCAUGAAGUGCCCUAAUUGUGGAAUUACUGUGGUAGCUAGCAUUGCAAUUGGAUUAUUUAUAGCAAUUGUCCAAUGGAUCUUUAUCAUGUUCUGGAUUUGUAAAAAAGAAUAUUAUCGAGCAGUGAUAAAAAUAACCAGUGAGACUUACGCAGAUGACCUUGGGGACUGCAAAUCAGAGGCUUACAAGGACUUGUCCUGUAGAGUUACCAAGGCAAUAGAAAGUCUGUACAAGAAUGUUGAAGGACGGCAGACGGUGGUGGAGGUAAACUUCAGCCCAGGAUUAAAGGUGACAUUUGAUUUGGGUUCACAAGGAUUCAGUGACUGCUCUGUGUUAUCUGACACUCUGGAAAUUGCCCUACAAAGUGGAGCUAUUUCCCCUUUCAAAGUUAGUUCAGAUGGAUUUAAGUUCAUGCCCUUAAAAGACUGGAAAGAGUCCAAAGGAUUUAGUUUGGAUAAUUGCUUUAGAAAAUGCAGAGUCAAACCUGAUGUUGAUAAAAAGGAGACCUCAGACAGAUCAAAUGGGGAUAGAGCAAGGUCCCCAGCAUCAGCAUCUGCAAUUAAAGUAGAGGCAGAGAACAAAUCUCAUAUUAAGCCAACUGGAAAAAAGACUGAGGAAAGUUCUUUACAUAUCAAGUCGUAUGGAAGUCCUUUGCCUGAAGUACCAAAAGUCCGCCAUAAUCAGCUGGAUCCCAUCCCAAAGUCCGACAAUGGAGAAAUGGAUAAUUCUCAUGAUAAGCCAUACACCAAGCUGUAUGGAAGUCCUCUGCCUGAAGUGCCACAAGGUCGCAGCAUUCCACUAGUCCCCAUCGAAAGGCAAGACAUUGAUGAAAUGGAGAGUCCAAAAGUAGAGAAAAAAAAGAGGAAAAAGAAGAAGAAGAAGAGGGAGGAUUCUGUGGAUAAUGAAGAGGACAAUUAAAGACAAAGGCAGAAUUUCAGUAUCAGAUAUUUACAACAGAAUGAAGAAUAAUUAUCAAUGAAGAACAACUUCAUUAUAAUUUCCACUUGUAUGAUAAAAUAGAAAAUCCGAGUGAUAUUUUAUUCAAAUAUAGUAGAGGUGCAUGUUAUUAGAUUUUUUUUAAGUGCUAUAUAUUUGUUUGAAAAUUGUGCCAUAUGGUUGCAUGUUUGAUUUUUUUAUUUAUUCUCAUUUGAAUGAUUGGUGCAUGACUAAAAUAUUUUCACAUGCUAUAAAUUUAUAUUUAAUUGAGUGCUCAUUAACUGAAAAAUGUUGUAAAUAUCUUUUCAAUUCCUUUUGCUGAUCUAUGAUUUCAUCUAUAUUUCUAGUCCUGGAAGAAUUUGAUCCACUGCACAAAUUUACGCACUGUUACUCUGUGUUUUCAUCAAGUUUGAUAAGUAUCUGAAAUAGCAAUUCUAAUAUCGCAAGUUAUGCAUAAUUAAUUCAACAUGUUCUUUUGUAUUUACUGAUUGUAAUAUAUGUUCCAGUUCUGUCAUGAAGGAGGUUUGAUGUUAACUCCAUGAAAAUUAAAACCUUAUGAAAUGCAUACUUCUUAAUAACCAAAAAUAACAUCAAGCCUUCUUAGAUUAAAAAUAAUCGCUUUUUAUACAAUUUUACCGUCCCUAUUUUAAAUAAAUUCAUUUAAAAUGUG